AUGAUAGAGUUCGCGCGGAAGCAUUUCCCCCACCCCAAGAUCUGCUACGACCUGCUGGACAUUUCGGCGAGCGACGUGACCGACUUCGUUCAGAAACACGGCCAGUUCGACCGCGUGUUCUCUUUCUUCUGCUUGCACUGGACGAGGGACCAGAAAACGGCCCUGAAGAACGUCGCCGCGUUGACGAAACCCGGCGCAGACUGCUUGCUUCUCUUCAACGCUUACAGCCACACCACGCGACUGCGAAGAAAGCUGGCGAGGAUGGAUCGUUGGAAGAAAUACGCCGAGGAGUGCGAGAGGUCUUUGCCACCGACCGUCGACCUCGUGGGGAAGGGCAAAGAAGCUCUCGUAUCAUACAUGCAAGAACUCCUGAAGACUGCCGAUCUUAUGCCAAUCAUUUGCGACGUCUGGCCAUUACCGUCCGAAAACAACACCCUAGACAAGAUGAUAGAAAAGGAGAUGGGCUACUGCCACCUUUCAACCCUUGUCACGGAAGAAGAGAGACCCGUUCUCCUGCAGGAUGUCACCGAAUACGUAAAGGAAGCUGUGGCCCAAAAAGAAGCGGGAUGCCCGACACCCGAAGGCGAGACAUUUUUUGUGCACGCCUGCAAACUCUGA